AUCGUGAUAGAAAGCGCAGCACAGAAUCCGUAAUUACGCGGGGACUACAAGCCUAUAAGCAAAAAUGAGAACGCAAGCGCUGCGACGCGUCCUCGUGGACGGCCGCGCCGCGGCGCGAGCCACGGGCGUGCGCUCCCUGGCGACUACAGACGAGACGCGUGCUACUGCGGCAAAACGCGAGCUGGCUGUCUUAGCCGAAGCCUUCCAGCGCUACGACGGUCGCGCGCAGCGUCCGUAACCUCGGAUUGUUGCGCAUUUUAUUGAGACACACGAGAGCCGAAAAAAGACGGAACCUCCCACGCAGGCGACGCGAGCGGCGCCUUAGAUAGGUACGAGAUCGAACGAGCCUUAGAAGAUUUAAAAAUCCCCCACGACGAGGUCUUUGUGGACGACCUCUUUAAGGCGCUGGACAAAAAUAAAGAUGGGACCGUGGAGCUGCGGGAGUGGCUCGAUCACUUACCGAGAGGGACUCGGCUGAAGGUCGCCGAGAAGUUCGCUCCUGGUUCUGCUCUGGACGAGUACCGUGCUAUCAGAUUUACGGUGCCGACGGCUUCCAUCGUGUAUACGUAUACUGAUGAAGCCCCGAUGCUGGCGACGCACUCCUUACUACCGAUCGUGCGGGCCUUCACGGAGUCAGCAGGAGUGCAGUGCGAACUGCGGGACAUCUCGUUGGCGGGACGCGUUCUCGCGAAUUUCCCCGACAACCUCGAUAGCACGCAACGCGUCGAUGAUGAGUUGAGCAAGUUAGGAGAAUUGUGCAAGACGCCGGCGGCCAACGUCAUCAAGCUCCCGAACAUCUCCGCCUCGAUUCCUCAGCUCGAGGAAUGCGUCGCGGAAUUGCGCGAAAAGGGCUACGACGUGCCGCCCUUCGCGACCAGUAGCGAGGAGAUCCAGAAGCGCUACGCCAAGGUGCUUGGGUCUGCGGUCAAUCCGGUCCUCAGAGAGGGCAACUCGGACCGGAGAGUUGCCAAAGCGGUGAAAGAAUUCGCGAAGGCGAACCCGUACUGUACCGUGUCCCAUUCUUACGCCAUCGUCGCGCGUCGGCUCCAUCAGACGAGAUUUUGAGCCGAUUCGGACGGCGUCGGGGCCGUCGCGGCGUGUCAGGCGCGUCGAUGGCGUCACGCACGCCGUCGUCGCCGCGACGGCGUCGAGGCGAUGCCGCAUGAGAGCUCGUACGCCGUCGACGCGAGACGAUGGCAUCACACAGGCACCCCAUGGGCGCCUGGUCCCCCGACUCGAAGUCCCACGUCGCCCACAUGGACGGAGACGACUUCUACGGCAGCGAGCAGUCGCACGUCGUCCCGUUCGAUAUCAAAGAGUCGAGCACCCACAAAGACGCUGGUGUCGUAAGAAUCGAAUUUGUCAGCGAAGACGGCUCUACGAAAAUACUGAAAAAUAAGACGCCCCUGCAGCCUGGCGAGGUUAUUGAUGCUUCCAAAAUGGACGUCGCGGCGUUACGCGACUUCUACAAGCAGGAAAUUGACGAUGCCAAGGACAAGGGCGUCCUGUUCUCGUUACACCUGAAGGCGACGAUGAUGAAGGUGUCGGACCCGAUCAUGUUCGGCCACUGCGUGGAGGUGUUCUAUCGGGACACGUUUGCGAAGCAUGCCGAGUUUGUGAAAGAGCACCAAGUAGACGCCACGAAGGGUCUCGGGGACUUCUACGCCAAGUUAGAAGCGUGUGGUGAUGCUCAGCUCAAAGAACAGAUCAGUAAUGAGCUCGAGGAGUGCUUGAAGAACUGUGAUCACGUGCGACCGCCCCUGGCCAUGGUGGAUAGUGACAGAGGCGUCACGAACUUGCACGUGCCUUCCGACAUCAUUAUUGACGCGUCCAUGCCGGCGGCCUUGCGCGAGUCGGGGAAGAUGUGGGGCCCCGACGGGGAGCUCGCUGACACGAAGUACGUGAUCCCCGACCGGUCGUAUGCGACGUCCUACAAGAAGGUGGUGGAGCACUGCAUCGAGCACGGCGCGUUCGACCCGUCGACCAUGGGCGCGGUCUCGAACGUGGGCCUGAUGGCCCAAAAGGCGCAGGAGUACGGGUCGCACGACAAGACGUUCGAGGCACCCGCUCAAGGUUCGAUCCGCGUCGUUGCUCGGGACACGGGCGAGGUGUGCUGCGGCGUCUUCUGUGGUCGCGUCGAUGGCGUCUCGGGAACGCGUCGGUGAACGCGAUCGUCGCCACGCCGUCGACGCGAUUGAUCCCACACGCAGGUCCUCAUGGAACACAACGUAAAGCAGGGCGACAUCUGGCGCAUGUGCCAGACCAAGGACUCGCCGAUCCAGGACUGGGUGCGCCUCGCCGUCGCGAGAGCGCGCGCGACGGAAAGCCCGGCCAUCUUCUGGCUCGAUGCCACGCGAGCGCACGACGCCAACCUCAUCCAGAAAGUGGAGACGUACCUCAAGGACCACGACACGACGGGCCUAGACAUCCGCAUCAUGGCGCCUGAACACGCGAUGGAGGAGACGCUCAUGCGGUCCAGAAAGGGCCUGGACACGGUGAGCGUGACGGGCAACGUUCUCAGAGACUACUUGACAGAUUUAUUCCCCAUCCUCGAGCUGGGCACGUCGGCGAAGAUGCUGUCGAUAGUACCUUUGCUGGCGGGCGGCGGCCUCUUCGAGACCGGCGCGGGCGGCUCCGCCCCGAAGCACGUGCAGCAGCUCCAAGCGUCGAAUCAUCUGCGCUGGGACUCGUUGGGUGAGUUCCUGGCUUUAGCUGUGUCGAUUGAAGAUCUUGCCGAGAAGACGAGCAACGCCAAGGCGGCCGUCGUGGCGGACGCCUUGAACGAUGGGAUUGGUAAGUUACUCGCGGAGAACAAGUCGCCCAAAAGAAAACCUGGCUUGUUAGAUAACCGCGGGUCGCACUUCUACCUCGCGUUGUACUGGGCCGACGCCAUGGCGAACCAGGUGAAAGCGCCCGAGCUCGCCGCGAAGUUCGCGCCGGCGGCGGCUCUACUCGCCGCGAACGAGGAGCGCAUCCUCGAGGAGCUCGCCGUCGGAAGUCACGCGCCCGCGGACAUCGGCGGCUAUUACAAGGUCGACGCGGCCAAGGCGGACGAGGUCAUGCGCCCGUCGCAGACGCUGAACGCGAUCAUCGACUCCCUGAGGAACGACAGCGUGUUCAUCGACGACGCGGACCCGAUCGCGCGCGCGGCCUAGACCACAAGCCCCUCCCCUCCCCUACCCCGUCGUCCUAAUCAUACUUGGCGCCAAACAUAAUGGUG